ACAUUCGAUUCGACAAAUUGAUGCACGACCGCUUCAUCCGCGGUCAUGGCUGUAAAAAAGUGUCACGUGACUUGCGCGACUUGGGUGCGCAUAAAUAUGAGAACGGCGAUCUCGAAGUUGGCAGUGUGGAACCAGUCGACGGGUGCAAGGUACCAUGUCGGGACAAACUUAACCGUGUUCUAAUAACAUUUGAAUAUAUUCCAAGUGUCAUAGUUUCACUUGUGCCAAAUUUUCAUGUCUCAGCAUAAUUCUAGUUUUUUCCCUCCCUUCUAUUAUAUUCGUCGGUAAUGGUAAUAAUCGCCUAUUAAGUGGAAAAAAUAUAUUAUAAAAUUUGGAUAGCCAUGCUGAGAAAAAGAGAAUCCGUCUGUUUAUGGUUUUUGGUGACUUAUUUCUCUUUGACAUUAUCCGGGUCGGCUAAAUAUCAUCAUUCCACGUGGAAACCGGAAAAUAGACAAUUUCUCGAAGAGACAGAUACGUGGUCAUCUACAGUGGCAUCUGGCCCCAAUCGAUGGUCCACGACUCAUUCGUUAGGAGGUUCUACGAGAACAAUGUAUGGAAGUCAUGAAGGGGUGCAGCUCUCUCGAAAAAAGUAUGGCCCCACCAAUCCUCCAAUGGCUCGUUCCGGAUAUAUUAUCAGUCAAGAAUUGGAAGAUAUUCGAUUAGCUAAUGAACAUUUUUUGAAAAUGAGAGCGUCGGGAAGAUGUAAAAUUCCCAGAGAAAGAGUCGUUAGAGUAAAGGAUUAUUAUCCGGAUCCUUCGAAGGAAUAUCUUCCGAGAUGCACUCUGUUGCACAGAUGUGGGGACGAAAGUGGUUGCUGCGAUAACGAUGCUUUCGAAUGUGUAGCGCAUUCCGUCCAAGAAGUAACUCUAUCUUUUUAUACUAUUCAUUUGGGACGACAUAACAAAAAUGUGGGCCUCAGCAACUCCGUUGAAAAACUACUCUUCAUUAACCAUACGGAAUGUGAAUGUCAACCAAUCAAUGAUGUACCCAGAAUCCAGGAAUCGCCUCACGUUUCUAAUAAAGAAGAAGAUCGCCCUGUUGGUUACACCAGGUGCAGAGAUUGCCCAUUUCCGUACGCAAGAAGAAAUUACACAGAUGGAAGAUGCACUUGCGAUUGCUUCGAUCGCCAUAAACCUUGUUUGAAGGUUAAAAGAGGAAGAGAGGCGUUAUCCGAAGUAGAAAGAAGAUGCGUCGAAAUUCAUCAUUGCCAUAGACCCGAAUGCGAAUACGGCGAUUUCGACGUAAAUACAGGAAAAUGUCCUAAAAGACCGGACGAUUUUCAUCGUCCUUCACACAAACGGCACAAUCCAAAUUAUCCUAGCAGAUGGACUCAUAUCGAAAGAGAGUGCAGAGAUUGCCCAUUUCCGUACGCAAGAAGAAAUUACACAGAUGGAAGAUGCACUUGCGAUUGCUUCGAUCGCCAUAAACCUUGUUUGAAGGUUAAAAGAGGAAGAGAGGCGUUAUCCGAAGUAGAAAGAAGAUGCGUCGAAAUUCAUCAUUGCCAUAGACCCGAAUGCGAAUACGGCGAUUUCGACGUAAAUACAGGAAAAUGUCCUAAAAGACCGGACGAUUUUCAUCGUCCUUCACACAAACGGCACAAUCCAAAUUAUCCUAGCAGAUGGACUCAUAUCGAAAGAGAUUAAAAAUUAAGAUUGAAAUACGCAAACAGAUAACCUAGUCCAACAUUCUAGAGGACAUCUCGACUUUCGCCUUGUCCUCGUCAAAUACGAAUGUUAGAUAUUAUUAUCUGACAUAUACUGCCAGCAUUGCUCAGGACUGUGUAAAUACAGUAGUUGGGUUGAUAAUCCAAUAGAGCAAAUUAGUUUUUCAACAGAAUUAUUAUUAGCAGACAUAUCUGCCUGAGAAACGGAGAAUGAUAUAUUUUCGCUCUUUCUCGUACCAAAAAUAUCAAAAAAAAUAAAAAAAAACAAAAAAAACUUGGCUGUUACGCGUGAAGAAUUGCAGAAAAUGCAAAAUAAUUGAAAGUUUUUAAACGUAUUACAAGGAAUUUCCGUCCUUUUUAUUAUAUUAUUUUUUUCCGCAUGUCAAAGCCGAGUGCAAAAAUCGAUGACGUGCCUCAAAGUUUGAGGUGUAUAAAAUAUUUUUCAAGCGAUUUGCAUAUAUGCAAAACGAUAUAUUAACAAGAAAAGAGUCGUAUUAAUAAAGUUUUAAGAAUGAUCAUUUAUAUAUAAUUUACAACAAUAUUUUUUAAAUGUCGAGAAGCUUCAAAGUAGAAGUUCUGCACAUUUGUGAAGAUGCUUUCUGCAGCCUAAUCACACCAUUAUUAUUAAACGCCACAAAAUUAAUGAUCUGAUACCGUGUAAAUGUAACUAUCUCUUGCGUGUUUAGCGUUCAAAUGUGAAAACGUCCAAUUUAGAAACAGAAUGAAGUUGUGCAUUUUGUAUAUUGUUGAUAAUUAGUUAAGCCUCGUUAAACAUUAAUUAAGAAUUUGUA